AUGCAGUUCUCCAAGUCUCUCAUGCUCCUCGCAACCCUGGCCACUGGCACAUUCGCGCACCCCGCUGUCGGACGCCGUCAGGCAACAGCCACCAGCGCCGCCGUCUCCUCCGACUGGACUGCCACCCCCUCCAGCGGCGCGUACUCGACUGCUGGCUUCGGCAGCUCGACCAGCUCUUCGGGAACCGGUGUAACCUACGAGGGCAACGUCGGCAACCCCUACGGCAGCAACAUCAUUCAGAUCUCGAGCUCCGACGCCAGCCAGUACAAGUACGUUGCUCAGUUCACUGGUGCCAACACCGACUCCUGGACCGUGGCCAUCUUCAACAAGUAUGGCUCGGACGGCAAGAUGGACGGGUGGUACGGACAGGCCUGCUUGACCUUCACUCUUGCCGCUGGCGAGACCAAGUACGUUGCCUUCGAUGACGACUCGCAGGGUGGCUGGGCUGCCGCCUCUGGCUCCACCAUUCCCACCGAUUCCAACGGUGGCUACGCCUCCACCUGGGGUGAAUUCGACUUUGGAUCCACUACCAACAACGGCUGGUCUGGCUUCGAUGUCUCUGCUAUUGCCGCUCAGAAUGCCGACAUGACCGUCUCUGGUAUGGAGAUCUGUGAUGCUCUUGGUGGCACUUGCUCUUCUAUCUCUCCCGAUGCUGCCACCGUUAACAACGCCUACACCUCUGCUGAGACUGAUGUCGGUGGUAUCGGUGGUAACAUUGCCUCCGGUCCUGUCCGUCUGGCUGUUACCAUUGAUUACAGCGGUUAA